AGCACUCACAGCAGCACCUCUCAGAAAAGACACCGUCAAAGCGCUUGGAGACUGCCGAUAUGAAAAUAUCAGCCAUUGUUUUGGUUCUCCUGGGGGCCCUGUUGUCAGGUAGCACCCACGGUGCUGGUGUACUUCCAGACAGUCUGACAGCAUUUGCGGGAGAGACGGUGACAUUCACCACAACAGUGCCACCGCAAGAAACACCCUUAAUGGUUGUUACCUGGACCUUUACAGACAACCAUGGCACCACUUCUAAUAUAAUAACCUCAAGUAACGCUAACAUCACUGCACCAGAUUAUUCAGGCAGGAUCACCCUCUUUAGAGCCACUGGAUCAUUGGAGCUGCGUGGCCUGACCAUUGGUGACACAGGAGAAUACACAGUCACAGUCAUCCCAACUGGUGCAGGACACCAAAAGGGAUAUUGCAAACUGUCGGUAUAUGAGCGUGUCUCCAAUGUAUCAGUGACGAUCAACAGCACAGAGCUGAUGGAGUUCAGCGGCCCGGUCACCCUGAGAUGUUUCUCCUCUGGAUCCUCGCUCACCUUCCAGUGGCUGAAUGGCAGUUCUGUGGUCACAGCCAGUGACAGAGUUCAGCUGACUGAUGGAGGCUCGGCUCUCACCAUAGUAAAUGUCACCCGUUAUGACCAGGGACCAUUCAGGUGUCAUGUUUCAAAUGCUCAUAGUAACGGCACCAGUGAUGCGGUGGACCUCCUAAUAAUCUUGGGUCCCGAAGACAUUAAGCUGACAGUUUUUCCCUUAAAAGAAUAUCACGAUCAAGGGUCAGAUGUCAUUCUAACAUGCUCAGUGGUCUCCAGACCUCCUGCCCAGUUUCUGUGGUACCUGAAUGGGAAUCCAUCAGUCCACAAAACACCUGAGCUCAGACUGAUGAACGUUCAGUUGAGUCAGCGCGGGAACUACACCUGUGAAGCCUUCAACAACAGAACCAUGAAAACCCAAACAUCUCAACCUGUGGUUUUAACAAUUCUGAAAUCGAACGUUUCCAACGCAGUCAUCACUCCCAAUGCGACAGACUUGUCGGAGUUCGGCAGCGUUAGUUUCACCUGUUCCUCCUCUGGAUCCUCGCGUUCCUUCCGCUGGAUCAACCGAACCUCCGAGAUCACGGCCGGUGACAGAGUCCAGCUGAUGGACGAUGGCUCCCGGCUUGUUAUCAUCAAUGUGAGCCGAUAUGACGCUGGACCGUUUCUGUGCCACGUCUUCAAUAAUUUCAGUAACUCCACCAGUGAUGCGGUGAAACUUUCCAUCAACUUUGGUCCAGAAAAUAUUAACCUGACAGUGUUUCCGUCUCAACAAUACUAUCAAGAAGGAUCCAGUGUCAACUUUAGCUGCACGGCUGUCUCCAGUCCUGCAGCUCUGUAUUCCUGGUUUCAGAAUGAGGUCAAACUGUCGGACACUGGACCAGUGCUCCGGCUGGUUAACGUCACCGAGAGGCAAAGUGGUAACUACAGCUGUCAGGCUUUAAACAACAAAACCUUGAGAUCUGAGACAUCGCAACCUCGGAUUCUAUCUAUACUGGUGCCGGUGUCUAACGUGUUGGUAAAUCCAAACGUCACAGAGCUGGUGGAGUUUACUGGCUCCAUCAGUUUGACCUGCUCAUGCUCUGGAUCCACGCGCUCUUUCCUCUGGCUAAAUGGCAGCUCUGAGGUCACAGCCAGUGAUAGAGUGCAGUUCACCGAUGAAAACUCCAUCCUCAUUAUACACGCUGUCACCCGCUUUGACCAAGGACCAUUCAGGUGCAAUGUGUCGAACGGCAUUAGUCAUGGAAUCAGCGAGGCCGUGGAACUCGUCAUCAAAUAUGGACCUUACAAUGUGACAAUUGUAGGACCCCAGUCUGUGUAUGCUGGUGAUCCCACAAUGCUCUACUGCCACAGUGAAUCUUUCCCAGCAGCAGAAAUCACCUGGUUUUUCAAUGGACAACCAACUCAUGGUCACGCUGCUGUGCAUAUUGUGCCAUCGGUGCAACAUUCAAACGGCGGGACAUACGCUUGUGCUGCUCAAAAUACUGUCACAUUACAGAACCAGACAGACCAUCAUGAGUUAACUGUCACAGACUUUUCACCCUGCGACUGUGUGCCUGCGGCAGGAUUUGCUGCUAUAGUCACAGUUGGAAUUUGUCUCCUUUUGACCGCACUGAUUGGAUUAGUGGUGUACUGCGUGAGGAGGAACAAAAGAGUCAACAGCAAUUAUCCUGCACGUGAUAAAGAGAAACGCAGCGUGAAGGAGAAACACAGAGAUGUCUACAAGAAGACAGGGACGGUGAAAAACCUCUCCUUUUAAAAGGGUGAAACUCUGAAUAUUAAUCUGAAGACUCUACAAUUACUGUGAACUGUUGGAUCACAAAUCUCUGAAAAUGUACCUGUGGUAUAGUUACUAUGUAUUUAUUUAUCGACAUCAGCCUUUACAAUGUAGUUCACAGUGCUACAUAAGAUUUGAUUUACUUCGCACUACUACUACUUAUAUACUGUACUUAAUACCCGUAAUUAACUGUCACUAAACUUGAGCAUGUACACGGCGUUUAUUUGCACCUAUGUAAUAAAAAAAAUA